AUGGUAAACUCAGAACUAGACAUUGUAAAUCCAGAACUAGACAUUAGAAAUCCGGAACUAGGCAUUGUAAAUCCGGAUCUAAACAUUGUAAACGCGGAAGUAGACAUUAGAAAUCCGGAACUGGACAUUGUAAACCCGGAACUAGACAUUAGAAAUCCGGAACUGGACAUUGUAAACAUGGAACUAGACAUUGUAAAUCCAGAACUAGACAUUAGAAAUCCGGAACUGGACAUUGUAAACCCGGAACUAGACAUUAGAAAUCCGGAACUGGACAUUAGAAAUCCGAAACUAGGCAUUAGAAAUCCGGAACUAAACAUUGUAAACCCGGAACUAGACAUUAGAAAUCCGGAACUGGACAUUGUAAACCCGGAACUAGACAUUAGAAAUCCGGAACUGGACAUUGUAAACCCGGAACUAGAUAUUAGAAAUCCGGAACUGGACAUUAGAAAUCCGAAACUAGGCAUUAGAAAUCCGGAACUAAACAUUGUAAACCCGGAACUAGACAUUAGAAAUCCGGAACUGGACAUUGUAAACCCGGAACUAGACAUUAGAAAUCCGGAACUGGACAUUGUAAACCCGGAACUAGAUAUUAGAAAUCCGGAACUGGACAUUGUAAACAUGGAACUAGACAUUAGAAAUCCGGAACUGGACAUUGUAAACAUGGAACUAGACAUUGUAAAUCCAGAACUAGACAUUAGAAAUCCGAAACUAGGCAUUAGAAAUCCGGAACUAAACAUUGUAAAUCGGGAACUAUACAUUGUAAAUCCGGAACUAGACAUUAGAAAUCCGAAACUAGGCAUUAGAAAUCCGGAACUAAACAUUGUAAAUCGGGAACUAUACAUUGUAAAUCCGGAACUAGACAUUAGAAAUCCGGAAGUAGACAUUAGAAAUCCGGAACUAUACAUUGUAAACCAGGAACUAGACAUUAGAAAUCCGGAACCAGACAUUGUUAGCCCAGAACAAGACAUUGGAAAUCCGGAACUAGAAAUUGUAAACAUGGAACUAGACAUUGUAACUCUAUAUGGAUGA